CUUCCACUGAUCUCCAGUGAGGAUGGAGCAGGAGGAAGGAUAAGGAAGCUUUUCUUUCCCAGGUCACAGUCAGUCGGGUUUCAGCCACCUGCGGCGCGUUCCUGCCUCCCUGGGGCUGAAGUUCUCAGUGGACUUAUCGAAUCGACUGGACAAAUCGCUUCUCGCUUGUGAAACUGUGACCUGGCGCACUCUUGCGUCCUCAGCAUGGCCUUCAGUUUGUCUCUGCGGCGCGCGGCUGGCCGCGUCGCGUCGCCAGGCGCGCGCUCAGGAGGACGGUGGCAUGUGUUGUUGACGCCUCUUCACUCUCGCCGGGACGGAUCAGAGGACGCACGCCCAGCUGACGAGGAGAAUUAAGCGUUCCGUGAGGAGGACAGCUUUCUAAUCUCUGAUCUGCGGGAUUACACCUCUGAUGGACGGGUCUUAGCGCGGCUCCGCGGGGUUUGGGCCAUUUGGACCGCUCUUUACGCGCACGGCGCGCCGCUUUUACGCCUUCAUUUUUUUUUUUUGCGCUUCAGGAAUUUGCACAAUGGAUUAAUUCCUCAUCGGUUUUAGUCCAGUUUUGUAUCAUUUCUGCACCCGACACGAUUGAGGAUUAAUAAAGGACCCGCAUGAUGCUUCAGGAUGGUGAUCUUUUGGUCAGUGGAGCGCGCAGCCGUGCGUUGGAUUAGGAGCCUGCGACUUUCCACCGCACCUGGGCGAAGCGCCCGCUUGUUCCCCUGAGACUCUCGGACUUGUUUUCCGCCUGUUGACGCGCCGGGAUGGAAAGCGAGCCGCGGCCCAGGCUGUGUUACCUGACCAAAGGAGAGCGCGGGUACGGGUUCCACCUGCACGGCGAGCGCAACAAAGGCGGACAGUUCAUCCGCAAAGUGGACCCCGGGUCCUCGGCCGACAUGGGCGGGCUGCGCGCCGGAGACCGGGUGGUGGAGGUGAACGGGGAGAACGUGGAGAACGACUCUCACCACCAGGUGGUGAACCGAAUCCGCGAAGUGCCUCACCGCACCCGGCUGCUGGUGGUGGACCGGGAGACGGAUGACUACCUCCGGAGCCGCGGCGUGGCCUGCACGGAGGACCUGGCCAUCGAGAUGGGCACCCUGUCCCCUCGCCCCUCUCCCAUGCAAACCCCCUCGGUCUCUCCCAUCCCCAGAGACGGCUCGCCUCUCCACAGAGCCAAGGCCAACCACACACUCUCGCUCCAGCACCCUGCAGCCGAGCCCCCCGCCGCCAUGGCCGCUCGGGACAAGGUCAAGAGGUCUUCAGUGACUUCAAGCACAGCCACAGACCCAGAGCUGCCGGCUGAGCCGUCGCCUGAGCCCGCCGUGGAGCGCGUGCCCCGCCUGUGCCACCUGGUGAAGGGAGAGCACGGCUUCGGCUUCAACCUGCACAGCGACAAGCAGAAGCGCGGCCAGUUCGUCCGGGUCGUGGACGCCGAAUCGGCCGCUGAGGGCGCGGGCAUGCGGGUCGGGGACAGACUCGUGGAGGUGAACGGCGUGGCCACAGAAGGCCUGAGGCACUCAGAGGUGGUGGCCCUCAUCAGGACUGGGGGAGGGGAGGUGCGCCUCCUCGUGGUCGACCCGGAGACAGACGAGCUGUUCCAGAGGCUGGGGAUCACACCAACCUCCAGCCACAUCAAAGAGGUCUAUGUGGACGACGACACAGAGGCGGAAAUCUCCCAGCCGACCCCGUCCCCGCCCCCCGAGCCCCCUGAGCCCCCCGAGCCCCCCGCCACACAUCCACCCGUCAUAAACGUCACUCUGACAAACUCGCCCGUCUCGACCCCGUCGCCCAAACCUCGAACCAACGGAAGCUCGGCGUCGCAGUCCUCCAGGAGUUCCACCACGCAGUCAGAGAUCAGCAGCUCAGACAUGAGCAUCCAGGUCCCAGAUGAGGAUGAGCGGCGCGUUUCAGACCCUUUCCUGGACAGCGGCCUCCGUCUGAGUCCCACCGCAGCCGAGGCCAAGCUGAAGGCCCUGGCAGGUCGCAACAAGAAGAGAGCGCCUCCUAUGGACUGGAGCAAGAAACAACAGAUCUUCAGCAACUUCUAGAUUGGAGAAGAUCAGGAAAACAGUUGAAGUCAGGCUGACAUCGAGCGACAAAACACCCUUCAUCCCUCUCUCAAAGGUUUGGACAUGGGAAGAGUUUUAAAGGAAGUUAAAAGGAGGAAAGAGGUUGGUAGGAACAUUUGUAAAAUGUUCAGACUCCAUUCAGUGUGAAAAAACCCAUAAUAUAUCAGAUAGUAUUCUCUAGACCUCCACUUAUCAGUAUGUUGGAGAACAUGUUCUCUGGAUGUGUCUCGCUGCUUUAAACAGACAUUAAUGACCGGUAGGGCUUUUAUCAAGAGACUAAAAUAUGCAAACGAUGACCGGAGGAGACCAAGUGUUUCUUUUCAUUGAGUCAUGAUCAUUUCAGGGCCAAGAGUCGGACUGCGAGCUCCUCCACAGCCAUUCUCCUGUAGCAAUGUCUGUCAGCGUCUCUUCUCAGACAGAGAUAUUAUUUCCUGAUGUAGCAUUUUUAGAUUUUCUCUCACUUUCCUUUGUUUUCAGUCCAAAGCAUCUCAGUUCAGUCUUUGAAUAGGCAUCGAUGUAUUUAUCUGAUUCCCAGAUUAGAAACCAUGUAAAUUUUAAUCACAUGGGGAAAAAUGGGAACGAUUAAAUUAUAAGAUAAAUGAUGUUUGAUCACCUCAGUGCUUCUUUUAGCUGUUCCAGAGUGAUUUCUGAGAGGAGAAACAUAUUUUAAAGAGAUUUUAUUCACUAGAACUGAACACUCUCUCAUUACCUGUUAGAUUUCAUUUUUUUUUUUUUCUCCAGUGUACUUGACUGUAAUCUCUCACAAUGUGAAAUAAAGUUUCAAAUGAUAAGCAAAAUA